AUGUUAUUGAAAUAUUCAACUUUCAAGCCCAGCCGUUUCUUGCUGAAAACGCGCACAUUCUUCACUAAAUCCAAAUGUUAUCAUGAUCACAAACAUGAUGCCCAGGCAAAUAGUCAAGAACUUAUAUCUUCUUGGAAAUCUCACGUGUCAAACAUAGUAGUCACACGUCACGAUACAUUAGUCGCGACACCGCUUCAACUGCUGGCCUUAACAUUAAACCGUGAGACCAUAGUCGAUAAUGUCUCCUCAACUGAAACUCCACCUGUGGGAACUCCUAUCCCACCGAACUAUCAUCUAGCAUAUUUUUUACCAAAAAAUUUUGAAAAGGAGCUAGCGUCCGAUGGGUAUGGAACUCAUUAUUCUCCGCCACCGCCUUUCUUAAGGCGUAUGUGGGCAGGUGGCGAAAUAUCAUUGGAUUCUAAUAAUCCUUUAUUGGUUGGACAGAAUGUUACCAUGACCACGAAGGUUCGCAAUGUGGAAUUUAAAAUAGGCAGUUCGGGAGAGAAUGUGUUUGUCUGGCUUGAUAAAGAAAUUCAUAAUGAGAAAGGUUGGAGUGUGAGAGAUACCAGAUGCCUAGCUUACAUGAAAGAUACAAACAAGAUACCAGAUUUUGAAAAAAUCGUGCUUCCGAGUGAAGUUCUGUUGUUUCGUUUUUCAGCUUUGACAUUCAACAGUCACCGUAUACAUUAUGAUCACCUCUAUUCAACUAAAGUGGAAGGAUAUCCUAGAUGUUUGGUUCACGGUCCCCUCACCUGCACUCUUCUCAUGGAUCUAGUUCGAGACAACUUGCCAAGUAAUAAAUUACACAUAAAGUCUUUUUCAUAUAGGGCACUCAGUCCUUUGUACGUGGGCGAAGAAUUUAAAAUAUGUGGGAAAAAGAGUGACACAUCUGAUAUGUCUUUUGAAGUAUGGGCUGAAAAUAAAGAAGGCGGUGUAGCCAUGAGAGGAACCGCAAUUUAUGGAUAG